GCGGGUGGGAAGCAGAAAGAAGGGCGGCGCUAAUGAAAUCAUAUGAAGGAGAACAUGUAUAUUUACUCAAAUGCUACCUCUCCUGUCUAAGCUUUACACAGGUCUGAUGUUUACGAAGCAGACCUGAGCGACUUAGAAGACUUUUCUGUGCGUUUUAUCCGAUACAAGAGCAGCUUUUUUAAUUUUUUGGGUUGCGCGUAAAGAGGAUGCUUUUGCCUCUUCAGCUCACACCUGGAACAAGGAAACCACGAGAGAUCUUUUGCUGUUUUUAAGAGCUUUACUGCAUCAGAAGAGCCUAUUUUUUUCUUUGGUUUUUUACUGCUUUUACGGACUGUCAUUGGGAUGUUACGCGGUCUUAAUGUGCCUUUCUAACUGUGACCUCUAGCACCACCUGUGCGCCCUAAACAAGAGAUUUUGGUUGCUGCGCUUGGAGAAACCUUACAGCUGCAGUCAGGGAAUUUGCACUGUGAAAACUACACCAAAAGAUUUCUCCUUUUUUUCCUUCUUGUUGCUGUAUUUCUUUUGUGGAUUUAAAAAAAAAUUCUUAUCACAUCCUUUGUCCCAAGUUGCUGACGGUGCAACAACUUUCCUCCCGAGAUAAGCGCAGCACGUUUCACUGAACGUGGUUUUACGCACAAAGAAGACGCGGUGCGCUCAAGCCGAGACAAGACCAGCAUCAGGUGCUGUGAGGCAGAAAAAAAGCAAAUAAAUAAAUAAAUACAAGGCAAAAAGCAAAUCCCAGCCAUCAACAUGACGGACGGUCCGAGACAACGGAGCAGCACGGCGGGUUCUGCCAAGGAUGGAGACAAGGAGUCCGGAGGAGGUGGAGUUGCGCUCAAGAAAGAAAUCGGACUUGUGAGCGCCUGCGGUAUUAUUGUUGGUAACAUCAUCGGCUCAGGUAUCUUCGUCAGUCCGAAGGGAGUGAUGGAGAACGCCAGCUCUGUGGGCGUGGCCCUGAUCGUCUGGAUCGUCACGGGCGUCAUCACCGCCAUCGGAGCGCUGUGCUACGCUGAGCUGGGCGUCACCAUCCCCAAGUCAGGAGGAGACUACUCCUACGUCAAGGACAUUUUUGGCGGUCUGGCUGGGUUCCUGCGACUGUGGAUCGCUGUGCUGGUCAUCUACCCGACCAACCAGGCCGUGAUCGCGCUGACCUUCUCCAACUACGUCCUCCAGCCUCUGUUCCCCACCUGCUUUCCACCAGAGAACGGCCUUCGUCUGCUGGCUGCUGUGUGUCUCUUGCUGCUCACAUGGGUGAACUGCUCCAGCGUGAGGUGGGCCACCAGAGUGCAGGACAUCUUCACCGCCGGCAAGCUGCUGGCCCUCGCCCUCAUCAUCAUCAUGGGCAUCGUGCAGAUCUGCAAGGGAGAGUACUACUGGCUGGAGCCUGCCAAUGCAUUUGAGCCCUUCCAGGACUAUGAUGUGGGUUUGAUAGCUUUAGCUUUCCUACAAGGCUCCUUCGCCUACGGAGGCUGGAACUUCCUCAACUACGUCACAGAGGAGCUGGUGGAUCCUUAUGUGAACCUUCCUCGUGCCAUCUUCAUCUCCAUCCCCCUCGUGACCUUCGUUUACGUCUUCGCCAACAUCGCCUACGUCACAGCCAUGAGUCCUCCGGAGCUGCUUGCCUCCAAUGCUGUUGCCGUGACGUUUGGUGAGAAGCUGUUGGGAGUCAUGUCGUGGAUCAUGCCCAUCUCUGUGGCUCUGUCCACCUUCGGAGGUGUCAACGGUUCCCUCUUCACGUCUUCUCGACUGUUCUUUGCCGGAGCCAGAGAGGGCCACCUCCCCAGUCUGCUGGCCAUGAUCCAUGUAAAACGCUGCACCCCUAUCCCUGCUCUGCUCUUCACUUGUCUGUCCACCCUGCUGAUGCUGUGCACCAGCGACAUGUACACGCUCAUCAACUACGUGGGCUUCAUCAACUACCUCUUCUAUGGAGUGACUGUCGCCGGGCAGAUCGUCCUGCGAUUUAAACAGCCCAACAUCCACCGGCCAAUCAAGGUAAGCCUUAUAUGGCCGGUCAUUUACCUCAUCUUCUGGGCCUUCCUCCUCAUCUUCUCUCUCUACUCUGAGCCGGUGGUGUGUGGCAUCGGCCUCGCCAUCAUGCUGACUGGUGUCCCCGUCUAUUUCCUGGGAGUCUACUGGGACAACAAGCCCCAGUGCUUCGACGCCUUUGUUGAUAAAAUGACCUACUUGGGUCAGAAGUUCUGCGUGGUCGUUUAUCCAGCUGAAAGCAGCAGCAGCGGGAGCGGAGAGGAAGGAGAGGAAAUGAAGGAGGCCAUGUCUCCCCUGUCGAAAGACGACGGAGACAACCACAAGUCAGCAGACUGCUAAAGCGCACCUUUUUUAAUUCUCACCUGCCCCCAAAAUAGACGCCGGUGGGUGUGCACACCAACACACCACAGUUUAGAGUGGACUUACUGAUCAACACAUGUGCCCCCACGCUUUGUCUUGGAGAUUUUUAGUUGGUUUUUAGAAUCAAUCAAUAUUUUCUGUGCCAAAUAUAGUAAGAAGCGUUUCAAGUAAUAUGACCCCCAUCUUUUCUGUCUGGGGUCCUGCAAAAGUGCAAUACAGAAAGGUUAGCACCUUCCAGCUCCUCCAUACAUGACAUUUAGCCAUUUAUUUCAGCAUCAUCAUCCUGCUUUACAUCCUCCCUCUUCCAUUUCCACACACUAACUGCAAACUCCCCCAUCAGAGCGCCUUUUUUUAAAAGUAUUUUUUGCAAUUUUUAUUAUCAACAGACUCUUCCUGUACUGUGAUGGCUACAGAAACUCUUGUUUUGUUCUUCUUCAGUUAAUUUUGCUUUGUCAUUCUUUCAACACACCAAAGCUGCAUUUUGAUUGUCAAAGCAAGAAAAUCAGAUUCAGAUCAAGUCAUUUCAUGCCUUGAAGUCGUACACUAAUACUGUGUUUUGUUUUUCAAGGUGACUGUAAUUCUGAAAUGUUUUUUUUUGUAAUUGUGAUAAUUGCGUAUAUCAUUUGUUGGGUUUUUUUUUAGUUUAAAUAUGUUAAUUCUAGUGUUGUUGAUAGUCUUUUUUUCUAACAUCAUAUUCAUCUGGGCCUAUUUUUUACUGCGGAUGUGUAACACCUGAAAGCUGAUGUGAGAUGUGUACUUUGUAUUGGUAAAUGUGCUUGUAAAUGGUGCAGUUUUUGUUUUGCUUUUUUUUAAAUUGCCUUAAUCAGGAUACAUUCUGUGCUUUAGUGCCAUUACAGAUGUGCUUUGACAGAUGUGGAGAGUUGGUCAAUCCUUAUACUUUGGGGUAGUUUUUCAUUUUUAUCAAAAAAAAUGUCAAAAAAUAAAAUAAAAAAGUGACACUACACAAAUAAUUAACCCGUUAACAUGGCAAGUCACGACACUUUUUAACCACCACAUUUGUUUUAUUUGUGCAAAUCCCGACACCGACACGUGAAUGCCUGUGUGAGAAGCAGUUUUUUUUUUCUUAAAAAAGGCAUUGAUUGUCUUUCAUGUCUUACGGUGAAAAUAUUUUUGUAGUUUACCAUCUAAAUCAUUUUUUGUGCUUUAUUUAGCACGUAAAUGAGAGCUUUACAUAAAAGGACUGUUUUUUUGAUCUAUACAAUUAGCUAGAAGACAUUAAUGCAAUAUUACUGCAGGCACCAGCAAAAAAAAAAACUGAACACGCACCCAUGAAUGAACUCAUUACGUCUGUAAUGCAACAGCAAUGCAUCAAUACUCAUGCUGUGUAUUCUAGCAACAACACUCCACAUAAACACACUAUGUAUGCUUCAGUUUUUCUGUAAUCUCUUAGUGUCUCAGGGCAUCCCCACUGCCUUCUCCUUAUAUACACUGCCUAAAAGCUCCAGACCGUGAAAACUCCACACAUCCGACCGAUUGCCUCUUUGAAAUCCAGUUUAUUUGUGCUAAAUGUCUGUACUGGUGCUCUUAGAUAUUUAUUCCUCAGGAGUCUCAGUCUUACAAGAGGAUGACAGGAGUUAAAGGAUUUACAAAAAAAAAAGAAAAAUCAAAUUAUUGACAUAGUUGGGCCAGUAUUGUGUAGAUUGCUUUUGUUGAACUGUAAGGGGAACAGGGUGUCUUGGAUGUCUUGACAAGUACAAUGAUGUGUUUUUGUGCCCGUUAUUGUGCAUUUACAGUGUACACCAAUGUCAUGACAGUCUGUAUAUUGUCUCUUAGUAAAUAAAAACCACUAACUAAUGUUUGAA